AUGAGCGAGCCGUCCACGAGCAUUCCGAGUGAACACCGCGCGCGCGUGCGAACGUAUCUGCGCUUGCGUCCGACGCGCGAGCGCGCGAGUGGAUCAUCCAUACGCGCGCUCGACGAAGACGAGAAGAACGCGGUCGGCGAGGAAGAUGAAUCAGCGUUUCGCGUGGUGGAGUGUCUCGAACGGGCAACGCGCAGGAGCGCGACGCAGCGAGGGGUGGACGCGAAGCAUAGGUUCGCCUUCGACGGUGUCUUCGACGAGAGCGCGAGUCAGAGCUCUGUGUUCGAGGAGGUGGGGAGAGAGGUGGUGGAGGCGGCGACGCUCGGGUACAACGCGACGCUCUUCGCGUACGGACAGACGGGGAGCGGGAAAACGUACACGCUGACGGGAGGAACGACGACUUACGAAGAUAGAGGAAUCGUGCCGAGAGCGCUCUCGAUGAUCUUUCGUACGAUUGAGAAGAUUGGGACCGAAGAGGAUGCGAAGUUUACCGUCGAAGUCAGUUACGUGGAGAUUUACAUGGAGCAGGGAUACGAUUUGCUCGCGACGACGCUUGACGAGCGACAGAGCGCGGCUAGAGGUUAUGCACGCGCCUCGGAGAUUCCGUUACCGAAAAUUCGUCUCAUGGAGGACGAGCAAGGAUGCAUGCACGUGAUAGAUCUGUCGACGCACGUCGUUACAAGCGAGGCGGAGGCGCUCGAUUUGCUGUUUAUCGGCGACACGAAUCGCGCGGUGGCGGAGACACCGCUCAAUAUGGCGUCGAGUCGAUCACACUGCAUAUUCACAGUGAUAAUCACUCGUCGCUCGCGCGUGGCCGACACGCUUCGAAGAGCGAAACUGAACUUGGUAGACUUGGCAGGAAGUGAGCGCGUACACAAGAGCAUGGUGGAUGGAACGACGCUACAAGAGGCGAAAUACAUCAACGUUUCCUUACACUUUCUAGAGCAAGUCAUCGUCGCGCUGCAGGAGCGCAGUGAGACCGGGGACGAGUCGAUUCACGUCCCGUAUCGAAACAGCCUAAUGACGAUGCUCUUACGGGACAGUCUUGGUGGGAAUUGUCAGACGGUGAUGAUCGCCACAGCGAGCGCCGACGCGGGCGCCUUCGAUGAGAGCGUGAGCACAUGCAGAUUCGCUCAACGCGUUCGAAAGAUUUCGAAUGAAGUCUUCAUCAACGAGGAGUUAGACGUGGAGAUGCUCAUCGCGCGUCUUAAGGAGGAAAACAAACGCUUGCGUGUGGAGCUCGCCUUGUUGCGUAACUCAGACUCUAAUGAGGACGCGGCGUUGGAGCUCAAGUUGAGCGCGGAGACCGUGGAGACGCUGCGCGCGAGCGUACGCAAGUAUAUCGACGAAGACGAUUACGUCCUCGACUGCGGCUCGAGCUUGGCGAAAAUCCGCGUAGUACAGGAAAUGUUACGGGACAUGUGCCGAAGCGCCGAGCGAGCGGGACCGCGAGAGAACGAUCGAACGCAAAUCACAGUGGACGAUGUUGCGUGCGCUGUCGUCGCGAGCACCCCCGAUCAAACAUCGACAACGCAACCCAAGAGAACCACGGAUGAGGCUGCAUUUCGGCUAUUCUGUCGAGACGUCUCUCGAGUUGCUCCAGAGCUCGAGGCGAAGAGCGAUGAACUCAAGGCGCUCACUCUCGACGCCAAGACGAUCGCUCGAGAGAUGAACGCGAUCAAAUCCAAGGUAAACGUCGAUUUAGGCGUCCUGGACGCCCUGAGAAUCGCCCGCGUCGUCGACGCCAUCGCCGACCCAUCCGAGCGCGAGCUCGAGCUCGAGCGCGCGUGCGACUCCGAGCGCGACCGUCACGCCACCCUUCGCACCCGCCUCGACGCCCUCAAAUCCAAGACUUUCCAACUCAAGGAUGAAAUAGUCGCUCUCAAGACCUCGUGCGCGAGAGAAUACUCGAGAUUCUGUUCACGAUUUCCGCGCGUCGGCGCGUCGCGACGAGCAUCGCGUCGGCGCGUCGGCGUCUGA